GCAGGCCCUUCCCGGCGCGGCGGCGCCCGGCCGGGCCCGCCCCUGCGCGGCCGUGAGCCGAUCGCGGCGGAGCGCUGGCGCGGCCCGGCGCGAUGCUGCGCUGCAUGCCGCCGCUCUGGCGCUGCAACCGGCACGUGGAGGCGCUGGACCGGCGGCACUGCUCGCUGCAGGCCGUGCCCGAGGAGAUUUACCGCUACAGCCGUUCGCUGGAGGAGCUGCUGCUGGACGCCAACCAGCUCCGGGAGCUGCCCAAGCCUUUCUUCAGGCUCCUGAACCUGCGCAGGCUGGGUCUGAGUGACAAUGAGAUCCAGAGGCUGCCCCCUGAGGUUGCCAACUUCAUGCAGCUGGUGGAGCUGGACAUCUCCCGCAACGACAUUCCAGAGAUUCCUGAAAGCAUCAAAUUCUGCAAGUCCCUGGAGAUCGCAGACUUCAGCGGGAAUCCUCUCUCCAGGCUUCCAGAGGGCUUCACGCAGCUUCGCAGCCUGGGCCACCUGGCCUUGAACGAUGUGUCCCUGCAGAGCCUCCCCAAUGACAUUGGGAAUUUGGCAAACCUGGUGACUUUGGAGCUACGUGAGAACCUGCUAAAGACUCUCCCCACCUCGCUCUCCUUCCUUGUCAAGUUAGAGCAGUUGGAUCUUGGUGGCAAUGACCUGGAAGUACUGCCGGACACCCUGGGAGCGCUGCCCAACCUGCGUGAGCUCUGGCUGGACCGGAACCAGCUCUCGGCCCUGCCCCUGGAGCUGGGCAACCUCCGCCGCCUGGUGUGCCUGGAUGUGUCGGAGAACAAGCUGGAGCAGCUGCCCAACGAGAUCAGUGGGCUGGUGGCACUGACAGACCUGCUGCUGUCCCAGAACCUACUGGAAUGCAUCCCAGAUGGGAUUGGUCAGCUGAAGCAGCUCUCCAUCCUCAAGGUGGACCAGAACCGGCUGACAGAGGUGACAGAGUCAAUAGGGGACUGUGAGAACCUGUCUGAGCUCAUCCUGACGGAGAACAUGCUGACGGCCCUGCCAAAGUCUCUGGGCAAGCUGGGCAAGCUGACCAACCUGAACGUGGACCGGAACCGUCUGACGUCGCUGCCGGCGGAGAUCGGCGGCUGCGCCAACCUCAACGUGCUGUCCCUGCGCGACAACCGCCUGGGCCUGCUGCCGCCGGAGCUGGCCAACACCACCGAGCUCCAUGUCCUGGAUGUGGCUGGCAACAGGCUGCAGAACCUGCCCUUUGCUUUGACAAACCUGAACCUGAAGGCCCUGUGGCUGGCAGAAAACCAGUCCCAGCCCAUGCUGAAAUUCCAGACUGAGGAUGAUGAGAAGACAGGAGAAAAAGUUCUGACUUGUUACCUGCUCCCCCAGCAGCCCUCUCCCAGCCUAGAGAACCUUCUGCAGAACAGUGUGGAUGAGAGCUGGACAGACACCAACUUAAACAGAGUCAGUGUCAUUCAGUUCCUGGAUGAACCCAAAGGAGAUGAUGAAGAGGAGUCUGGGGCUGAGAGAAGGGGCUUGCAGCGCAGGGCAACUCCUCACCCCAGCGAGCUGAAGGUGAUGAAGAAGGUGAUUGAGGUUCGGCGCAGCGAGGCGCACGCUGCCAAGGCUGACCCUGACCUGGCCUCUCCUAACUCAGACCCGAGGAAUGGGGAGAAGAGGCUGAGCGCCACGUCGCAGCGCAGCGAGGACUCCCACCUGUCCACCAGCACAGCCUCCGCCGACCACGGGGGCGAGGAGCAGGCAGAGCGGGGCUGGCCCAACGGGCAGCUGCCCGAGGUGCCAGAGGUGGAGAAAGAGGCGAGGCCCAGAGCCGAAGAGGAGCAUAAGGAAGCUGCUGACCAAGAGGAGGAGGACGUGGAAGUGGAAUACAAUGAGCCCACUGUGCACUUUGCUGAGGACACGCUGAUACGGAGCGAGGAUGAGGAUGAGGAUGAAGAGCGUCCGUUCCCGGUGGAGAAGCAGAGGCUGAUCCGCAAGGACACACCCCACUACAAGAAACACUUCAAGAUAACCAAGCUGCCCAAGCCAGAGGCAGUGGUGGCACUUCUGCAGGGGUUGAACAGCGAUGGUGUCCCCAAAGAGGAAGAGGAGUUGGGAGGCUGCAAUAACAACACAGAGGCUGAGGAUCAGGAGGAAGCAUGGGAUGAGGAUGACAGAAAGAGUGGAGCUCUAUCUGCUCAGCCGUCGGUGAAGGGGGUGUCGUUUGAUCAAGCCAAUAAUCUGCUGAUUGAACCUGCUCGCAUUGAGGAGGAAGAGCUGACACUGACAAUCCUGCGGCAGACAGGGGGGCUGGGCAUCAGCAUCGCGGGGGGCAAGGGCUCCACCCCCUAUAAGGGCGACGAUGAGGGUAUCUUCAUCUCCCGUGUGUCAGAAGAGGGCCCUGCAGCUCGUGCAGGGGUUCGUGUUGGGGACAAGCUUCUGGAGGUGAACGGCGUCUCGCUGCACUGUGCCGAGCACCACGUGGCGGUGGAGGCCCUGCGCGGCUCGGGCAGCUCGGUGUCCAUGACGGUGCUGCGGGAGCGCAUGGUGGAGCCGGAGAACGCCAUCACCGUCACCCCCCUGCGCCCCGAGGACGACUACAGCCCCCGCGAGAGGAGGGGGGGGCUGCGCUUCCCGGAGCGGCCCGAGGGGACGCCUGCCGCCGAGAGGUUCUCCACCUGCCUGGUGCGCAACGAGAAGGGCCUGGGCUUCAGCAUCGCCGGCGGCAAGGGCUCCACGCCCUACCGGGCCGGGGACACGGGGAUCUUCAUCUCGCGGAUCGCCGAGGGCGGCGCAGCGCACCGGGACGGGAUCCUGCACGUGGGGGAUCGGGUCAUCUCGAUCAAUGGGGUAGACAUGACAGAAGCCAGGCAUGAUCAGGCCGUAGCGCUGCUUACCGCGGCCUCCCCCACCAUCGUGCUGCUGGUAGAGCGAGAGGGUGCGGAGCCGCCCGGCGAGGGAGACGCGGCGGGCACCCCGCGGGCACGCAUGCACUCCCCACCGCCCCCCGGCCACGGGGACAGCCCGCCCGAGGAGACGCCCUCCCUGCAGAGGAACCAUCUCCCCAAGGGCCUGGAGGACCAGUACCCCAUUGAGGAAAUUCACCUUGUCAAAGCAGGAGGGCCCCUGGGACUCAGCAUUGUAGGAGGCAGUGACCACUCGAGCCAUCCGUUUGGGAUUCACGAACCAGGUGUCUUCAUUUCCAAGGUCAUUCCCCGGGGGCUGGCAUCGCGUAGUGGGCUCCGUGUAGGGGACAGGAUCCUGGAGGUGAACAGCAUUGACCUGCGCCAUGCUACCCACCAGGAAGCAGUGAAUGCCCUGCUCUCCAACACCCAGGAGCUGACCAUGUUAGUGAGGAGAGAUCCUCCACCACCAGGCAUGCAGGAAAUCUGCAUUGAGAAAGCUCCAGGAGAAAAGCUGGGCAUCAGCAUCCGGGGUGGAGCAAAAGGUCAUGCUGGAAACCCCUUCGAUCCCACUGAUGAAGGCAUCUUCAUUUCUAAGGUGAGCUCCUCGGGGGCUGCAGCUCGGGAUGGCCGCCUGAAGGUGGGCAUGAGGAUCCUGGAGGUGAACCACCAGAGCCUGCUGGGAAUGACCCACACGGAAGCUGUGCAGAUCCUGCGCAGCGUGGGCGACGCGCUGCUGGUGCUGGUCUGCGACGGCUUCGACCCCAAGGCUGCAGCUGCCAUCGAGAUGUCCCCAGGAAUUAUUGCAAACCCUUUUGCUGCUGGUAUUGGGCGCAAGAACAGCCUGGAAAGCAUCUCAUCUAUCGAUCGGGAUUUGAGCCCUGAAGAGCUGGAGAUCCUGCAGAAGGAGAUGGAAAUGGUGAGAGAAGCAACUCAAUGGGAGAGAGAAGAAAUGGAGAAAGUGGAGUGGAUGCGUAGGGAGCGGGAGGCAGCCACACAGCAGCUUGAGGAGGAGGCAGAGAGCAUGACCAGUGAACCCCUGAGGCUGGACUAUCGGACCCUGGCUGCUUUGCCCAGCAGCGGCUUGCAGAGAGUCAAUCGCAGCCUUGCUCAGUGUGAUAAGGCCAGCUCCAGCAUGGAGGGGGACUGCACUCUGCUGGCUCUGCCCGUGGCACAGGACAGCCGGGAGCCGUGCCCAGACCCAGCCGCGGGCCCGGCCGUCAGGAAUGUGCCUGGGCUGCCUCAGGAGCCUGCCUCACCUGGCACCAGCAGGGCAGAAAAGCCCCAGCUGGACAAGCAGGAUCCCACAGGUUGCCCCUUGCCCCAGGAGCAGCUGCCAGAGACGCCUGAGCAGGAGUGUUUGGUGGACUCCCAGCCCAUCCUCUUCAGUGAGAACCCCUUUGUGGUGGCCAACCGCAGGGGCAAGGCAGCAGGCAAGGCGUGCCUGGGGGGCCCGCCCCUGGGCUAUGGCAGGGGGGGAGUGCUGAAGACCAACCUUUACUCCAAGGCUCCUGCGGGCGAGGCUGGGGCAGGAAGUUGCCGGCGUGAAACCCCCUUUCCUCCGGGCACCCAGCAGGCUUCCAUUAACUUCAUCACGUCGCAGGAUGACAGCAAAUCAACCAAGCCUGGCGUCAUUCAGCCGCUCUCCCGAGUGCGACCAAACGCUGCCUCGCAUAGCCCGGAGGACGGGGACAGCCCCAACCCCUUCCAGCAGCCUGAGCUGUGCCUCAGUACCCACAACACUCAAAAGCCACCUUCACCACCCUCCCCUGAUGAGAUCCCCAUCAACGUCAAGCAAGCCUACAAGACCUUUGCAGCAGUGCCCUUGUCACAGCCUCUGCUUGGGACACAGGAGCUGCAUGGCCAGACCAGCACGGAGAGUCCCAGAGCUGCCCAGGAGGUGGCCGCGCACAGCCCCAGCGGGCACAGCCCCGAGCAGAGGUCCUUCCGGGAGAGGCAGAAGUACUUCGAGAUCGAGGUGAAGCAGCAGCAGGUGGAUAAGCCUCCCAAGCGUGUCUCCUUGGUAGGAGAGGAUGAUCUGAAGAAGAUGAAAGAGGAGGAAGCUCGAAAACUGCAGCAGAAACGUACCCUGCUGUUGGAGGAAGAGGCAGAAGAGGAUGAGAUGGUAAAGCAGGUGCCUGAGAUGGGCAUGCAGUCCAGUGUCAUCAUUGAAGGGGUGGAGUACAAGAUUGAGAGGCUAAAUGGAAGGAGCAUCCAGGCUCCAGCAACUCGGCCCUCUGAGGUCAAUGAGAACAACAGCUCACAGAGGAAUUCACUGGAAGAAGGCCUCAAGCCUGAACAAAGAACCAACUCUGUGUCUGGGCUGAGCCCGCUGUACGGAGCGGGGGAGGCGGCGGCGCCGGUGCGGACAGCCAAGGCGGAGCGGCGGCAGCAGGAGCGGCUGCGGAUGCAGAGCCCUGAGCUGCUGAGCGGGCAGGAGAAGGAGCUGUCGCCAGCAGAGCGCCGGGCCCUGGAGGCUGAGAAGCGAGCCAUGUGGAGGGCAGCACGAUCCUCAGCUCUUGAAGACAGUAUUAAACAGUACGAGCAGGAUCUGGCCAGGAAGCUGUACCAGUCCCGGCAGUGGGCACCUGCUCCCGGGGCCAGGCCAGCUCAGAUGUCUAGUCCAAGGCAGAGUCACGGCUCAGGAAGCCAAUCCAGGAUGAAAUCACUUGAACAGGAUGCUCUUAAAGCCCAAAUGGUUAUUGCCAAGUCCAAGGAGGGGAAGAAGCGCAGCACCCUGGAGCAGCUGGCAGAGUCACCCUCACCUGUUCCUACCCCAUCACCAACACCACUGGAAGACUGCAGUCCCAGAAGCAUCACUUCUCCAGGAAGGCUGUCCCUGUCUGAAAAGAAGUUUGACUACCGGGAAUUCGCUGCUAUUCCUUCCUCCAAACCUGUUUACGAAAUCCAGUCACCUGAUGCAGCUGAUGACCUCAGAUAUGUAGAUGACAGAAAUAACUCAGCUUCCCAGGAGCAGGAUGGGCAGCCAGAGGAAGAGGACAUGCUACUAACACGGGAUCCACCAACACCUACUUCAUCAGCACUUGAAGAAAUGGCCCUGUACAGCAGCAAACGCAAGCUCCGACACGGCCGCCGCAGUUUGGAGGCUGCUGUCCCUACGUAGAAGAUCCGCU